GGAAAUCUUCGAUAUCGAGCCAGCACCGGCCGCAGCAGGCGGCCUACCUAGUCCUCAUCGGAGCCAUCCACCAGUGGCCAAGGAGUCUCUCUAAUCUUGAAAAUGUCGUCGAUGAUAACAACUACCACGUGGGUGCCGCGGGGUUUUGCGGCACCGUUCCCCACAAAGUAUAAUUUUGACGAGGAGGAAUUCGAGCGCAUCGCGAGCCUGGCGAAACUGCAGCUCGACGACGCCAAGGAGGACCUCGAGGAGGCGCAAGAGAACGAGGCCACACCGGAGAAGUCUUCAGGGAAAAAGGAGCAAGAAAACAAGCCCUCAGCAGAAGACGACAACGCUUCCGACACCGAGAUUGACGACGACCUGAAAGAAUAUGACCUCGAGCACUACGACGAUGAUGACGAGCAGGGCGAGGGCCAGUCCAUGGCCAUGUUUGGAAAUGUCAAGUCGCUAGCCUACUACGAGUCCAACGAGGACGAUCCGUACAUCACCCUGAAAGACGACGUCGAAGACGAGGAAGACCGCGAGGACCUGCAAAUUUUGGCAACUGACAACCUGCUGUUAGCCGCCAAGGUCGAGGAUGAGCUUGCCCACCUGGAAGUCUACGUCUACGAGGACGAGGCGGACAACCUCUACGUGCACCACGACAUCAUGCUGCCCGCGAUCCCCUUGUGCGUCGAGUGGCUGGACAUCCCCGUCAGCAAACCCGGCGUCGAGAAGGACGCAGCGGCGAACUUCGUCGCCAUCGGCACAUUCGACCCAGACAUUGAGAUAUGGGACCUCGACACUGUGGACUGCAUGUACCCCAACGCGAUCCUGGGGCAAGGGGGCAACGCCGAGGAGGACAAGAAGAAGAAAAAGAAGAAAAAGAAGUCCAAAAAGGCGAAUGACGAAUAUCACGUCGAUGCUGUCUUGGCACUCGCCGCGAACAGGAAACACCGGAACCUCCUGGCAUCCGCUUCGGCGGACAAGACCGUCAAGCUCUGGGACCUGCACACGGCCAAGUGCGCCAAGUCGUACAGCUACCACGCCGACAAGAUCUGCUCGCUUUCCUGGCACUCUGUCGAGUCCACAGUGUUGCUGAGCGGCAGCUACGACCGCACCGCCGCCGUCGCCGACAUGCGCGCGCCGGGCGAGCAGCCGAUGAAGGUGGGCGUGGAGAGCGACGUCGAGAACGUGAGGUGGGACCCGCACGACCCCAACUUCUUCUACGUCUCGACCGAGCGGGGCGUCAUCCACUACUUUGAUGUGCGCAAUGCUUCCAAGGACCCCGCGGCCAGCAAGACGGUCUGGAAGCUGCAGGCCCACGACGAGUCCGUCUCGUCGUUCGACCUGAACCCUGUGAUCCCCGGGUUCAUGGCCACCGGGUCCACCGACAAGACGGUCAAGCUGUGGAACAUCAGCGCGGAGGGACCCUCGUUGGUCGUCUCGCGCGACUUUGGCGUCGGCAAGGUCUUCUCCACGACCUUUGCGCCGGACAAAGAAGUCGCUUUCAGGCUCGCGGUUGCCGGUAGCAAGGGGACGGUUUCUGUCUGGGACACCAGCACAAACCCCGGCGUCCGCAAGGCGUUUGGCCAAAGGGUGCCGACCAAGGCUUCCGGGGAUGGCGAGGUUGAGGAUCGCCUGGUCGGCGUGGAUGACGAUGAGAGCAGCAGCAGUGAGGAGGAGGGGGAGAAUGAAGAGGACGAUGACGAGGAGGACGGCGCCGCGUUAAGCCAUGAUGGGGACUCGAUGGACGAAGAUUAGGACUGAAGAGCCUUGAUAUCAUGCGGAUGGUACUGCACUGCUAGCCUUCUUGUCUGGCCGGAACGGGAAUCCGCACUCUGCGUUGGCUGUU